CAUUCUCUUCACACCGCAGUCUCCCAGGAGAUGUCAAUAAACUCCAAACAGGAGCUACUGAUCACAUUUCACUGGCCUGACUGCAGGUAAUCUUCUCCUUUCCCCCCAGUAAGAACCUGAUUGCAUAACCCCUUCCAUUCGCCAUGAGAGACCUGCUGACAACCAGAAACCAGAAUUGCUGGAAAGAGAUCAUUGACAAGGAAACUCUCACUAGGAUGACUUGGAAGCUUAACUACAACAAAGAACAUCCUAAUGAACCCAAAAUGCAGCAGACCACCAGAAAAAAGAGAGCGUUUUUCAUCCCCCAGCCUGUGACCACCUUACCGCCUCUUAUCAAGACUCCUCAACCCCUAGUGAGCAGGGUGGACGAACCAGACCAUGACCGGAUGGACAUCCUGAACCUGUCCGAGAUGAAACCGGUCAAUCUUCACUCCUCCAAAGUCUUAUAUGAUGGCUUCACCAAGGAGGGCAAGGGAAGGUACUUGUAUCUGAAGAACAGAAAGCAGUAUGGCCCAGAGGAAAAGUAUCCACAUCCCCUCUUGUCAUCUUGGGAAUACGGCUGGAGGUUAGGUGAUGUAGUAAAAGAAUUCAAGACUCCGAUCCAUGGAAGAUCCCGCAUAGUGAAAGACACGUUUUAUAGCAAGAAUGGUGUAAUUUCUAUACCAAAAGACACCGACAAGAUGCUGUGACCGUCGCCAUCACUCCAAUGAUUUUCUGAUUUACAUUUUUAAAUACAUUUUUGCUUGACCAUUCUUAAUAUAAGAAAAUGUGUCCAAUCACAUCAGGCUGUUCUGUAUUAAAUGUUUCUUUAUAGACUG